AUGGAUUCACGACGUGGAAGUUUGUCGAGAAUCUCGAUUGCACUUCAGCGAUCGUUUCGAAGAUUGAAACGCGAUGAACGACGAAGUUCACGAGGACUUUCUGAAUGUGCAGAAAAUUCUGGAAAAAAUCAAAGUGGUAGAUCAGUUGGUGGAAAUCGAGAAAUGCCAACGCGCGAAGACGCCAAUUCCAUUUUGCCGGCAAAAGUUUUAGAUAUUAAGUUGGAUAAAAGUGAAUCGUUCGAACUUUUUAAUUUGUGUAAAAAUAUGGAAAAUUUGGUUUUGCAUUCUCGAAGGGGCAUUUAUGAUAGCCGAGAACCAGAUCAAUCCUAUUUUUCUCCGUAUACAAACUUCAAAAUUAAUGAUUUUUCAAACAAAUAUGAUCGACAGAUCGCUACACUGCAAAUGAUGGAAAAUUGUAUCGGAAAUCGUGUGGCGAAAAGGUUAAUGCGAAAUAAGGAUAUACCAGUGGAUCAUGAAGCUCGCAAAGUAUUGUGGAAAUCAAUAUACAAAGGGAGGCGAUUCGAAGAUAUGAAAUCUUAUUAUAAUAAUAGUGUUUCCGAUGUCCAAACAGAUUGCGAAGGUCGUCCUUUGUUCGAUGAAAAAGUGUAUUUUUUAAAUACAGAUGGAACUGCAGCACUUGGGAGGCUUAUGGGUGUAUUUAAAAUGGGUCGUCUCAGUGAAUUUCCAGACUUUAUUUUAUCGUCAUUCGGAGCAGUAUUUUUACACUUCAUGGAGGAAGAUGAAGCUUAUGCUUUUACCGAACGUGUGCUUUACGACUCCCUCUUUAAUAUUUCAAUAUCAGCGGUCUUGCAACGAUAUGGCACUUCACGAGCGCUCGUUGAUAUGCUUCAUUCUUAUAGGCCAAGAGUUUAUCAAUAUCUGCGACGAAAAUUAGGGAGUGAUACGACUGACGAUGAUUUGGCUUACCUUAUAGAUGACUGGAAACGCUGGUUGUUUCGUUUGUUGCACUUCAAUCAUCUUGUUCGUGUCAUCGAUUGUUUUCUGGUUGAAGGACCCAAAAUAUUACUCCGAGUUGUCAUUGCUAUUCUUUGUAUUUGGCAUCAUUUUAGAUGUUAUCGAACUUCGGGGUUAGCGCGUAUAAAUAGGAGGAAAAAAUUGCGGGAGUUGGGCAAUCACAUCGGAGCUGUUACGUUUGAAUGUCGUGUUGGAACAAAAGGACUUCUGGAUUUUGCUUUCAAAUUACGUAAUUUCAAGAGUGAAUAUAUUAUUCGAGUCUUGCAGAAAUAUUCUAAUGAGGUAUUGGUUGGAGAACCAGAGGAACCAGUUGUGCGAGAUUGCAUAGAUGGUGGUUUUAUUGGUGUGAUCUCAGAUGAUGUUCGUGGGCGCACAUUUCAAUCGAAGCUUAUUAGUCCUUAUGUUGCUUCUUGUCUUAUGUCAUAUCUUCCGAAAAAAUAUAUUCAUGUAACACCUGUGCUUUUAUUUGAUGCCAUUCAAGAUGGAAUAAGUUUUAACACACUAUGGAACAGGAUUGAUGAUGCACAAAGUACCAUUAUUAUCAUCAAAACUCUCUCGCAUGAAGUUUUUGGUGCUUACUGUUCUUCUCCUUGGAACUUACGUCGACGGACCGACCGAUUUUUUGGUACAAAUGAGUGUUUCCUUUUUAAAGUGAGUCCUUUACGAGAUGCACCCAUAAUAUACCAAUUUAUCGAAGACGAAUUGGAACGAUCAACUUAUUUUAUGUGCGGCAAACAAGCGAUUGGUGGUGGAGGUGAUGGAAUGGCAAUAUAUAUAGAAAAUGAUUUGACUUCAGGAACCACUGCAGCUUCAACAACAUUCGGUAAUCCAAAACUAGCAAAACCAUUUUUUUUUGAUAUAGAGGAUAUGGAAGUUUUUGGAGUUAGCGAUUAA